UGUCCUGGGCGGCUCUCCGGCGGCUGUUGUGUGGGUGCCCGCAGGCGCUGCUGGGCGGGAUGCUGUCCACCCGGGAGAGCGCUCGCGGGAGCGCAAGGAACUGGACGGCCUCUGAAACUUCCAAGCCGACUUCUCCGACAACGGACGCCUGGGCUUCCAGGAGCAGAGUCGGGUCCCACCUUGGAUAUACCGGUUCCCUCCAUCUUCAACGACAUCAACCAGGACUGGCGGCUGUGGCAUUUUGUCAGCUGGGUGUGGUAUGAAUGGGAGGUGACCCUGCUGGUGCGAUGGAUCCAGGACCUGCGCACAAGAGUGUUGCUGAGGAUUGGCAGUGCCCACUUCUAUGCCACUGUGUGGGUGAAUGGUGUCCACGUGCUAGAGCAUGAAAGGGGCUACCUCCACUUCGAGGUUGACAUCAGCAGCCUGUUCCAAGUGGGGCCCCUGCCCUCCCGCCUCUGCGUCACUGUCGCCAUCAAGAGCACACUCACACCCACCCUGCCACCAGGGACCAUGUGCAUGACCGACACGUCCAAGUAUCCCAAGGGUUACUUUGUCCAGAACACAGAUUUUGACUUCUUCAACUAUGCAGGACUGCAGCGGUCUGUGCUUCUGUACACAACACCAACUACCUGCAUCGAUGACAUCAACAUCACCACUGGCGUGGAGUGA